AUGAGUCUCGGUUUCGUGAAGUGUUCUCAAGAGCAGGUUGUGUACACGAGAAACCAUGGUGAAGAAGUACUCAUUGUUGGUGUAUACGUCGACGACUUGAUCGUGACAAGAUCAAGCAUCAAGAAUGUUGAUGAGUUCAAAAAAAAGAUGAUGAAAGAGCUUAAGAUGAGUGAUCUCGGGCUACUCUCGUACUAUUUUGAGAAGGUGUUGAAACAAUUUGCAAUGGAGGAUUGCAACUCGAGCAAGUAUCAUAUGGAAGCAAAGUUGCAGCUCAGAAAGAAUGUGAAAGGAAGCUUAGUGGAUCCGAAGGAGUAUAGGCGUAUAAUCGUGUGUCUCAGGUACUUGACGCACACGCGACCUGAUAUCUCUAAUGCGGUUGGAAUAGUCAGUUGA